AAAAACGGCGACUCUGAAAAAAAUAAAAACAAAAGCAAUCCCAAUUACGCUUAUUAUAAGCGGACUUGGCAACUGUGCACUUGUGUGAAGUGUACCUUCGCGUUAACAUAGUGACCCCCUCUGCUGAGACCACAUCUAGGCGUCACUUCCUGGAUGAUGACAAGCUUUAGCUAGUUUCGGGAUGAGUGGAGCAGAAGCGGCGCAGACUGAGCCGAGGAAAGCGAAUGAGGUGCAGGGGGCUGUAGCGACACUGAGCGAACUCGACUCCACCACCACUAACCUGGCGGAAGAUUCGCACUCAGGCAUGGGGAACAAAAGGCGAUUUUAAUUACACAAACAGCGAACCUGGACCUGUAAUUAAGGCGCUAAGAGAACUGGGAAAAUUAUAUAUAUAUAUGCUUUUAAAAAGGGAUUGUUGUUUAAACCGCGAGGAGAUUACACCAGGAUGCUACGGUGGAUUCGACAACAGCUGGGUUUUGACCCACCCCACCAAAGUGAAACCAGGACAGUCUAUAUAGCUAACAAGUUUCCAGAGCAUGAUCACUAUGUGCCCCAGAAGUUUGCAGACAACAGAAUCAUAUCAUCCAAGUAUACGGUUUGGAAUUUUGUUCCCAAGAACUUAUUUGAACAGUUCAGAAGAAUAGCCAAUUUUUAUUUUCUUAUUAUAUUUCUUGUUCAGCUCAUGAUUGACACCCCUACUAGUCCCAUCACCAGCGGACUUCCAUUAUUUUUUGUAAUCACAGUAACAGCCAUAAAACAGGGUUAUGAAGACUGGUUGAGACACAAAGCAGACAAUGAAGUCAAUGGAGCCCCUGUUUAUGUUGUCCGAAGUGGCAGCCUUGUACAAACGAAAUCAAAAAACAUAAGGGUCGGGGAUAUUGUAAGAGUAGGCAAAGAUGAAACUUUCCCUGCAGAUUUAGUUUUGCUGUCCUCUGACAGAGAAGGUGGGACAUGUCACAUCACUACAGCCAGCUUGGAUGGAGAGACUAAUCUAAAGACCCACUUUGCAGUGCCUGAAACGGCAGUGGCUCAGUCAGUCUCCAGGCUAGAGGCUUUGGUAGCCAUUAUCGAAUGCCAGCAACCAGAGGCAGAUCUAUACAGAUUUGUGGGGCGAAUAACCAUUACCCAGCAGGAAGAGGAAAUUGUACGACCUUUAGGAUCAGAAAACCUACUCCUUCGGGGAGCAAGAUUGAAAAACACCAAACAAAUUUUUGGUGUAGCCGUGUACACAGGCAUGGAGGCAAAAAUGGCUUUGAAUUACAAGUGCAAAUCACAGAAACGCUCCGCUGUUGAGAAAUCAAUGAACACGUUUCUGCUCAUCUACCUGGGAAUCCUGUUGUUUGAAGCCAUUCUGAGCACCAUCUUGCAGUAUGCAUGGCAAGCUGAAUCAAAGUGGGAUGAGCCAUGGUAUAACCAAAAGACUGAGCAAGAGAGGAACAGCAGCAAAAUUUUGAGGUUCAUCUCAGACUUUCUUGCUUUCCUUGUUCUGUACAAUUUCAUCAUCCCCAUCUCGCUGUAUGUAACUGUGGAGAUGCAGAAAUUCCUUGGCUCAUUUUUCAUUGGCUGGGAUCUUGAUCUGUACCAUGAGGAGACUGACCAGAAGGCACAAGUGAAUACCUCUGACCUAAAUGAAGAACUGGGACAGGUGGAAUACGUGUUUACUGAUAAGACCGGGACCUUAACAGAGAACGAAAUGCAGUUUCGUGAAUGCUCCAUUAAUGGCAUUAAAUACCAUGAGUUCAAUGGCAAAUUGGUCCCAGAAGGAAUGACAGAUGAUUAUCCUGAUGGAUAUUUACCAAGACUGAGUGGAGAGGAAGAGCUCUUCCUGAAGGCAGUCUCACUUUGUCACACAGUGCAGAUCAGCUAUGAUCAAACAGACGGCCUACAGGACAGUUUCAGGCAUGCCAAUGGUAUAUCAUCCCAGAUGGAAUACUAUGCCUCCUCACCAGAUGAGAAAGCUUUAGUGGAGGCUACAAAAAGGAUUGGUGUAACCUUCGCAGGGAGCAAUGGGGAAAAUAUAGAAAUUAAAACAUUCGGAAGAUCAGAGAAGUAUAAACUGCUACAUGUUUUAGAGUUUGAUGCAAAUAGAAGAAGAAUGAGUGUUAUUUUACAAACACCAUCGGGAGAAAAGGUGCUGUUCACUAAAGGAGCAGAGUCUUCGAUUCUUCCAUUCACCCGAAGUGGAGAAAUAGAAAAAACAAGGGUCCACGUAGAUGAGUUUGCUUUAAAAGGACUGAGGACUCUUGUGGUAGCCUGUAGACACUUCACCCCUGAAGAAUAUCAAGAGGUGGACCGGCGCCUCCACGAGGCCAGGACUGCACUGCAACAGAGAGAGGAGCGCCUAGCUGAGGUCUUCAGCUUCAUUGAAAAAGACCUGGCGCUCCUGGGAGCCACUGGAGUGGAAGACAAGUUACAAGAGAAAGUCCAGGAGACAAUUGAAUCCCUCAGACUGGCUGGAAUUAAAGUGUGGGUGCUAACAGGAGACAAGCAUGAAACUGCAGUCAGUGUUAGUUUGUCCUGUGGACAUUUUCACAGAACGAUAAAUAUCUUGGAACUUGUACAGCAGAAAUCUGACAAUGAAUGUGCAGAACAGCUGAGAAAACUUGCCAGAAGAAUUAAAGAGGACCAUGUGGUCCAGCAUGGCCUGGUUGUUGAUGGAGCCAGCCUUUCUCUAGCACUCAGGGAGCAUGAGAAAUUGUUUAUGGAUGUCUGCAGAAACUGCUCAGCCGUGCUUUGUUGUCGCAUGGCACCCUUGCAGAAAGCAAAAGUGGUACGACUGAUAAAGACUUCUCCAGAGAAGCCCAUCACAUUGGCUAUUGGCGAUGGAGCCAAUGAUGUUAGUAUGAUUCAGGAGGCCCAUGUGGGUAUAGGGAUCAUGGGUAAAGAGGGAAGGCAAGCUGUCAGAAACAGUGACUAUGCAAUUGCAAGAUUUAGAUUCCUCUCAAAGUUACUGCUGGUCCACGGUCACUUCUACUAUAUUAGAAUAGCAAACCUUGUACAGUACUUUUUCUACAAGAAUGUGUGUUUUAUCACACCCCAGUUUUUAUACCAGUUUGUCUGUCUGUUUUCACAGCAGACGCUGUAUGACAGUGUAUACCUUACACUAUACAACAUCUCUUUCACAUCCUUGCCCAUUCUGGUGUACAGUCUCUUUGAACAGCUGGUGCAUCCCCAUGUAUUACAAAGCAAACCUGGUCUUUACAGAGAUAUAAGCAAAAAUUCCCUCUUGUCUUUCAAAUCCUUUUUGUAUUGGACAUUACUAGGAUUCUCCCACGCCUUGGUGUUCUUUUUUGGUUCGUAUCUUUUAAUGGGAGAAGACACAUCAUUAAUGGGAACUGGAAAGAUGUUUGGCAACUGGACGUUUGGAACUUUGGUUUUCACAGUUAUGUUCAUUACGGUAACAUUAAAGCUGGCUCUAGAGACACAUUUCUGGACGUGGAUGAACCACUUUGUGACAUGGGGUUCCUUAGCAUUUUACUUCAUAUUCUCCUUAUUUUAUGGAGGAAUCAUUUGGCCCUUUUUGCACACACAGGACAUGUAUUUUGUCUUUGUUCAGUUGCUCUCCAGUGGUUCAGCUUGGUUUGCCAUUAUCAUCAUAGUCAUUAUCUGCCUUUUCCCUGAUGUCAUAAAGAAGGUUUUAUACAGACAUGUUCAACCAAUGAACACCCAGAAAGCACAGCAUUCCGAAACCCAUAACGGCAUCAGCUGCUUGGACGCAAUGUGCUGUUUCUCAGAUGGGGAGACGGCUUGUGCGCCGGUGGGAAGAAUUAUGGAGCGAAUGAUGGGCCGAUGCAACCCAUCGCGGCUUAGAAGACUUUGGAGUGACCCGGACUUCUUCAAUUCCAACGACAGAAGCAUCUUGACACUCUCGCCUAUGGAGGCCACUUCCUGCUAAUGUAUCAAGGACUUUAUCACAGCUAAAUAAGCCCUAUAUUCUCUUCAGUGCUUUGGUUAUUUUCCAUUCAAAAAAGGGCAUACUUUGACUCGCCUUUUUAUUAUACAGAAAUUAAAAAGCAUCAAAUAUUGUUACUUAGUUAGUUAAACUAGCUUCUGAGCUCAUCAAACUACCGUAGAAGUAUUUAGCGCCUGUAGUUUUCUUUCCACAAAGAGAAACCAAAUGGACACAGCUUUAAUAGCUUACUGAUUACUGCAACUCUACCAUCUUGAAUAUACAGCUAUGUCCAAAAGUUUUGCAUCACCCUGGCUUCAUAAAGUUUAUUGAAACCUGCUGAAUAAUGUUACCUUCCAUAUACGUAACAAAAAAUGUGACAUGUCGAAAUCCAACAUGUAAUGCUCUACUACUAUUAUGGCUUCCAGUACACUUUUGUGAUUAUUGUUUUGUAUGUUUUUUUUUUUUUUUUUUUUCGA